ACCAGCCUGUCUGCGAGUUAGACGCCAGUCCUGGUGGCCCGGGAAGCCCAGAUUCGCAUCAGCAGGCAAGUACCCCCUGCCCUAAGACCCCUGCACCAGCUUGGAGGAGCAAACAGGAGGGGCAGGAAGGAGAAGUUGUUGCCUAGAACCCAGACAGUCCACAGCUAACUCCGGUGAUGCUUUCCACUCCCCACACUGUGCCUCAGUUUCCCUGUCUAUAAAAAGGAGCACAGUUCUCUUCCCAUAGGGAGUGUGCCUUGGUGAACACAUCUUCCCGAACAGUUGGGCCUUUCUUCUCAAUUUAGGAAAAAUAAACUUCUUUUCUCCAAAGGAGCAGGAAAAUUGUUUCCUCAGAGAAAGAGCCCCUGGGGGUGCAGGGGGGACACAGCUGAGACACUCCCAGCCAGUCACACCUCUUGACAGGCGGCUGCCCUGAGGGGCCUCCCACCACCAUCCCCGCUCUGCGCCCAGGGCCCUGCAUCGGGGCCGUGGUCUCCUAAGUACGCCCACCCCCAGAUGCUGCACCCCACACCAGCAUGUGCUCACUGCCUGUGCCCCGGGAGCCCCUGCGUCGCGUGGCUGUGACCGGGGGCACGCAUGGCAACGAGAUGUCAGGUGUCUACCUGGCCCGGCACUGGCUGCAGGCCCCCGCGGAGCUACAGAGACUCAGCUUCUCCACUGUGCCUGUGCUGGCCAACCCGGCAGCCACAGCCGCCUGCCGCCGCUACGUGGACGAUGACCUCAACCGCACCUUCACCAGCAGCUUCCUCAAUUCCAGGCCCACCCCGGACGACCCAUACGAGGUGACUAGAGCCCGAGAGCUGAACCAGCUGCUGGGGCCCAAGGCCUCAGGCCAGGCCUUUGACUUUGUCCUUGACCUGCACAACACCACGGCCAACAUGGGCACCUGCUUAAUCGCGAAGUCCUCCCACGAAGUCUUUGCCAUGCACCUGUGUCACCACCUGCAGCUGCAGUACCCCGAGCUGUCCUGCCAGGUCUUCCUGUACCAGCAGUCUGGGGAGGAAAGCUACAACCUGGACUCCCUGGCCAAAAAUGGAUUGGCUCUGGAGCUGGACCCCCAGCCACAGGGUGUGCUGCGGGCUGACAUUUUCUGAAGGAUGAGGACCCUGGUGGCCACAGUUUUGGACUUCAUCGAACUCUUCAACCAGGGUACAGCCUUUCCCGCCUUUGAGAUGGAAGCCUAUAGACCCGUGGGUGUCGUGGACUUCCCUCGCACCGAUGCUGGGAACCUGGCAGGCACUGUGCAUACUCAGCUGCAGGACCGAGACUUCCAGCCGCUGCAGCCCGGUGCUCCCAUCUUCUAAAUGUUCAGUGGGGAGGACCUGCUCUAUGAGGGGGAGUCCACGGUGUACCCCGUGUUCAUUAACGAGGCUGCCUACUAUGAGAAGGGCAUUGCCUUUGUCCGGACUGAGAAGUUCACGUUCCCCGUGCCUGCCAUGCCUGUGCUGAGCCCUGCCCGAGCCCAGCUUCCUAACCCAAGCCACACCUCCCGAACUUCAGUCUUCCCACCUGAAAGAUGGGUCCUGAGGCACAGCUCUGAGCACAGAGGUCCCUUUUGCCACCUACCAUGUACCAUGUUCCUUGCCAGGCCCCCCAGCCCCUGGCCUCAGUUUCCCAUUCUAUAAAAUGGAAGACGUCCAGA